CGCACGUGUUUUUGUUUUGAUUGCACCGGUCCAAAGUGAUCGAACGCAGAUCGUUCCGAGCUUUACCGGGUAAAACAGAAACCAGCGCGCAAAAAUGGGUGGCAACUCGCGGAAGUUUAAGAAGGCGGAAAAGAGUAAAAUCAAGCUCAAGGGUGCCAAACUGCCCAAGGGGACGAACGUGACGAAGACCAACUUUAAGGUGCGAAAGAUCGUCAUCCCGGAGCAGCUCAAGCAGCGGAACCUGUCGGACCCGUCCGCCCUGUCCCAUCGGAAUUUGACGGCGAAGGAUUGCUUGGCAAAGUUAAAGCAGAAUAAUCCGGCAUCGAAGUGCGAUGGUCUUCGGGGGGUUCGCGAAAUUUUGGGCAAGCUUCCGACGGAAAUCACCGAAAACAAUCUGAGUCUGGCGGUGAAAUCGAUUGCCAGUGUGGCCGUGGAUUUGGAACGGGACGUUCGUCGGGAUUGUUAUAAAACGUUGGGCCUGCUUUUCGCCGCGGCCAAAGAGGAGAAUAUUCUGCCGUUCUUCGACGUUCUGUUGUCCUUUCUGCGCUGCGCAAUGACCCACAUCCAGCCGAGAAUUCAGGAGGAUUCGCUGCUGCUGUUGGAUACAUAUUUGAUGUAUUUGCCGAGGUUGGUGCUGCUGAACAGGGACAAGAUCUUUCCGCAGUUUUUGGACAUGAUUUCCAAGUUGAGGAACGAGUCCAAGCCGGAGCGAACGUUGACGCUGAGUUUGAACAAGCAGCAGACGAACACCAAGUGGAGGACGCGGGUGUUGAUGCGGUUGAUUGGAAUGCUGAAGAUCUUGAUAGACCGCAAGCGUGGAAAGAAGGAGCUGGUGGAAGAUGGUGAGGUGGAACCGAUGGAGGUUGAGGAUCAGAGCAAUCCAUUCGCCACCAAAUCCGCUCAAAUUUCAUCGGCCACGCUCAAGAUCGACAACGUGUUCGACGUGAAAACCCCCGGACACUUCCCACUGAUUAAGCGCAACUUGUACGAACCAUGCGCCCUCCCGUUCCUCUUCCGCAAAGCCAUCGGCGAGACUCGCCUAACGAUGUCCGACCAACUCGACGAAGGUCGCAAGCUCAAAACCUACGUUCAAAUGUUGAUGCCGCUUCUGUUCGAGUCCUGGCUCGAGGUCCGCCCCACCACGUCCGGUUUCGAGUCCUCGGACCUUGUCCUGUCCCACGAGGCGGCCACCACGCUCAGUCUCCUGCUGGACAUUGCCAUCCAGCUGUGGGAACUGAUCACGAUCUACGGCCAAGAAACCAACAACUCCGACCUCGGUCGCUGGUUCCGCGCGGAAUACGCCGAGAACUUUUGCAGCCACAUCCUGGCCGGAUUCCCCUACCAGCAGAGCCCGGCCGCAACGAAAGCCCAAAAGCAGCGCAACGUCUCGGACGAAAACACCGAACGCAACGUGGACGAAAAGUGCUACCAGCAGAACUUCAACAUUUGCUACUUUUACUGCUGCCUCAACGAAAACUUCCGAUCGGACCGCAGCAAGAACUACGCCAAAGUGGUCACGUACGUCGAGGCGUGCGUCAACGGGUGGCGCUUCCGCUCGCCCGAACUGAACGCCCUCCUGCUCAAAGUUCUGCGCUACAUGCUGCUCGAAACCGACUGCUCAACCGUCAACCAAAACACCCGCGGCCUCCUCAAAACCCUGCUCGAAGUUUACAUCGAAGCCAAGCUGCCGCAGGACACGCGCAACCGCAUCCUCAUUCUCUUUUGCGACAUUAUCGUGCUGAACGAUCGCCUCUGGCGCGAGUACGGACAGGACAUCUUCACACUCUGGCUUAAAAUGCUGCCGAAUCUGCUCAAAAAAUCCUCAAUCGAUUUAAGCGUCCUGAAAGCGCUGCUCUGCCUGGCCAAGCAGAAGAACACCAUCUUUCUGCAGAGUCUUGAGGAGAACAUUGACGCGAUUGUGGCGAACGCGGGGAAAAUCAAGAUCGUCAACGAGCAGUACCGGAACGAGGGAGCGGUGCUGAUUGUGAACUUGCUGUUCUGGAUUGGCAGCAAGGACACGCUGGAGAAGUUUGUGAAGGAGGGAAAGUUGGCCGAACUGGACGACGGGAUGCGGGAGUACUUCCGGAGUACGAUGAGGUCGCGGUUGGCGUGCUUGUAGAAGGGCAUUAAAUUGUAUUUUUUUCUGGAAAUAAACUUGUCAGCUAUCAAAA